CAGCCGCGCAGGCGCAGUAGCUGAGCGGCCGCUCCUAUCUCGAGGGAUCCUGGGACUAGAUCCGGAAGGACCUGUUCGGCGUCCCGGACUAGGCCUCGAGUUCCAGGCCCAGGUCCCGCCUCAGGCCCAGGCCGGUGUUCCAGGUCUCGCUCUAAGACAGCCUGGUGGCCAGCAGGACGCUCCGGUGACAGCGGAGGGGGCGGCGAGCCUUUCGCUGAGGUUCCGGGCCUCGUCAGCGGGCGAGGCCUCGGAGCCGCGGUACGUGGCGCAACCCCCCUCUCCCCGGCCGGGAGCGGAACUGGUGCGGGAGCGGCCUCCGACGCUGCGGCGCAGUGCAGCCGGCUUUUAACUGCCUUCGGGGCAUGAUUCAUCCGCCUCGGCGGCACGUUUGAGGUGCGCGGCCCCGGUGGGCCUUUUGGUCGGAGCGCUUGCUGCGGAUGACCGAUGGGCCCUGGCUGCGGGUUGCUGGAGUGACGACGGCUUGCCCUGGAUCCGGAGAGUCAGCUCGCUCGCUCUUUUUGAACCUCCGCGUUUCCCGUAACCACGUUCCGCACGCUUCUCCGCGGGAGCCGGGCCUUCACAUGAAAGUGUCUCUCGGUAACGGGGAAAUGGGCGUCUCUGCCCACUUGCAGCCUUGCAAGGCAGGGACCACUCGAUUCUUCACCAGCAAUACUCACAGUUCGGUGGUAUUGCAAGGCUUUGAUCAGCUUAGAAUAGAAGGUUUGCUUUGUGAUGUGACCCUGGUACCGGGGGAUGGAGAUGAGAUCUUCCCGGUUCACAGAGCUAUGAUGGCGUCCGCUAGUGAUUAUUUCAAGGCUAUGUUCACCGGGGGAAUGAAAGAGCAAGAUUUAAUGUGCAUCAAGCUCCACGGGGUGAACAAGGUUGGUCUGAAGAAAAUAAUUGAUUUUAUUUACACUGCAAAACUUUCUCUUAAUAUGGACAAUCUUCAGGACACUCUUGAAGCUGCCAGCUUUUUACAGAUUUUGCCUGUUUUGGACUUCUGCAAAGUAUUUCUUAUAUCAGGCGUCUCUUUGGAUAACUGUGUUGAGGUUGGACGAAUUGCUAACACCUACAAUCUUAUAGAAGUGGAUAAGUAUGUUAAUAAUUUCAUCCUGAAGAACUUUCCUGCUUUAUUGAGCACCGGGGAGUUUCUGAAACUUCCAUUUGAAAGGCUUGCUUUUGUGCUUUCAAGUAAUAGCCUUAAGCACUGUACUGAACUUGAACUCUUCAAGGCUGCCUGCCGCUGGUUGAGGUUGGAAGAUCCUCGGAUGGAUUUUGCUGCAAAAUUAAUGAAAAACAUUCGUUUUCCACUGAUGACACCACAAGACCUCAUCAAUUAUGUGCAGACGGUAGAUUUCAUGAGAACAGACAAUACUUGUGUGAAUUUGCUUUUGGAAGCUAGCAAUUACCAAAUGAUGCCAUACAUGCAGCCAGUGAUGCAGUCAGACAGAACUGCCAUUCGAUCUGACUCCACCCACUUGGUUACAUUAGGAGGAGUUUUGAGGCAGCAGCUAGUUGUCAGUAAAGAGUUAAGGAUGUAUGAUGAAAGGGCCCAAGAGUGGAAAUCUUUAGCCCCCAUGGAUGCUCCUCGUUACCAGCAUGGCAUUGCUGUCAUUGGAAACUUUCUUUAUGUAGUUGGUGGUCAGAGUAAUUACGAUACAAAAGGGAAAACCGCCGUUGAUACAGUUUUCAGAUUUGAUCCUCGAUAUAAUAAAUGGAUGCAGGUGGCAUCGUUAAAUGAGAAGCGCACAUUCUUCCACUUGAGUGCCCUCAAAGGACAUUUGUAUGCAGUUGGUGGGCGCAGUGCAGCUGGUGAAUUGGCUACGGUAGAAUGUUACAACCCGAGAAUGAAUGAAUGGAGCUAUGUUGCAAAAAUGAGUGAACCACACUAUGGCCAUGCUGGAACCGUGUAUGGGGGCUUAAUGUAUAUUUCAGGAGGAAUUACCCAUGACACUUUCCAAAAUGAACUAAUGUGUUUUGACCCAGAUACAGAUAAGUGGACACAGAAGGCUCCGAUGACUACAGUCAGAGGUCUGCAUUGCAUGUGUACUGUUGGAGACAAGCUCUAUGUCAUUGGUGGCAACCACUUCAGAGGGACAAGUGAUUAUGAUGAUGUUCUAAGCUGUGAAUACUAUUCACCAACCCUUGACCAGUGGACACCAAUUGCUGCCAUGUUAAGAGGUCAAAGUGAUGUUGGAGUUGCUGUCUUUGAAAAUAAAAUUUAUGUGGUUGGUGGAUAUUCUUGGAAUAAUCGUUGCAUGGUAGAAAUUGUCCAGAAAUAUGACCCAGAAAAAGAUGAAUGGCAUAAAGUUUUUGAUCUGCCAGAGUCACUUGGUGGCAUUCGAGCUUGCACCCUUACGGUUUUUCCUCCUGAAGAAAACCCUGGGUCACCUUCUAGAGAAUCGCCUCUUUCAGCACCUUCAGAUCAUUCUUAGGUGUAAUACCUCUGCAGUGCAUCCUGGGUGCAUUUCAUACUUCUUUAAUUGUAUAUUUUUGUGAUUGGUACAGUUACUAGAUCAAAAGGUAAACAUAGGUUGUCUUGUUUGGCUUAGGAGCUUAGGAUGUUUAUCAAAUGAUUAACAAGCACAUUCUGAAAAUGUAUUCAGCAUAUACAGUACUUUCAACAACUGAAAAAAAUAGAAAGUUAGAUGUCUUUGUGGUAUUGAAUAACAGUAGUAUGUGACUGUAUGUACAAUAUGUGACUAGUGAUUGUGUAAUUUUGUCCAUUGUACUUCCAAGUUGAAAUUUGCUUCUGACUGGAGAAUAUCAAAGGGCCACCUGCUCUUUAAUACAGCAAACAAGAGGUGGUCAAGUAUUAUUAGCUACCUCCUUCGCAUAGGGUUUUUGACAUGUCUGUUAACUGUUAAAUUUGUGUAGUUGCAUGUAGAACAUAGUACUUUUUUUGGCAGACAGGAGACAUAAUAAAACUAGAAGAAAUAGUCCUAAAUCAGAAUUUGGCAUCCCUCUCUGUAGAGAGAAAAGAGAAAAUGUGUAUACACAAUACAGUUACACAUGUACACACAUACAUACAUGUGUGCAUACAUGUAAAUUUUUCAGUAACUUUAACUGUAGUGAAAUUGUUUUGAAAUAAAAUUUUCUUUCACAGAGCAGCUAGUUCUAUUUUUAGAAUUCAGUAGCAGAGAAUGUCUAUAGUCAUAAAAUUUAGGUAGCUAAGGGCUACAACAUAUAAAGUAGAUGGCUGGUUUUGUCAUUUGAUGAAGUUGGAAAUCACUUUUUCUGCUUGGAUAGUUUUCCUAUAAUAUUGUUUUUAUACAUAUUUAGCAAAGUUCAAGUUUUACAGAAUUACUUUUACUCAUUAAUUUUACUCAACUUUUUUUCUACCUUUUCUGUAAACUUUGUUAUAUGAAAAAAAGCAAAGAAAUAUUCUGAACAAAGCUGUUAAGACUUCAAGUUCAGUCCACAAUGUACUCGUCUGACAUGGUGAUAUUGGAGUGAUGGCCUUAGUGCCACUCCAGCCCAUUACAUUUUAUUUGUGUGAUCUGCCUGAGGCUAUGACCUGAGCAGUCAGAAGAUGCACCCUCUUUUGCAUCAAAUCAGUAAAAACAUCCUUUGAGAUGGCUCCAGGGCAGAACCAACCUCAGAUUCACUAAGGAGCCAGCUGCAGAAAAUCUGUAACACUGUUGACUUGCAGGCAGCACUGCCAGUGGACCAUCAGUUUCAAUACCCAGUGGUUGAGAGUUACAUAGGGAAAAUUUAGAGGGACUGAACUGGUAUAUUAUGCCUCUACUUAGCAGAUUGUUAAGAUUGUAGACCAGAAAAAAACUUCCUCUUUAUUGUCUCUCCCACAAUAUAACUCAGGAACCAAGGCAAAGGAAUUGGCUUCUAGGAAAUCUGAACCUUACUGCCCAAACAAGUGUUGGUUCAUUUUAAUGCUUUUUAUGAUUUCUGCAUUGGCAGAAAUGUUCGUACUUUCUAUGUUUUUGUUACUCCAUUUUUUGUUGUUUUUUUUUAAUGAAAGUAGCACUUUUGAGUACCUUUAGAAAAUAGAAAAAGAUUUGCUGUUAACUUUGUGUAUUGAAUAGGCAAGUAUUCCGAAUCAUUUCCUUAGAUUAAUGAUAUUGAAUAUUUAUAUAUUUUUAGUAGCUGUGUUUCCUCUUUAGUCAAAUGUUCAUGUUCUUUGCCUAUUGAAAUUGCUUUGUUUUUCAUAUGAAGUUAUAGGAUUUCUUUAUAUAAUAAAUAUAAUUUAAUUGGCA